AUGGUAUUGGGAAGACUUUUUAUUGCGGUAAAACAGUUUAUUAUACGUUCGCUGAUCGGAAUCAUUGAGUUUUGGUUAGGGCCGCUUUCAUUGAGGAGUUUGGUAAGAUUCAUAAAUAGAAACAAUACUUUUUUUUGGGCGAUUGAUAAUUAUCUGCGGCAAAGCGAAGUGGUUCAGAGGGUAGAGUGGGCACUACGAAGAAAUUCGAGUGCGAGACUGCAGAAUUAUGAUUGGGAAAGUGGAAAUGAAACGGACGAAGCGGAUGGUCUACUAGAGGACGAGGUUUCAGAUUACGAAUAUAGGGCUGAUCUGGCUAAGAAACUGUCAAAUUCUUUGAAAAUACUCAAAGGGUACAAGAAGUUGAUCAGUGAGGUAUGGUUGGCCAUAUUUUUUGUAAUGUUAUUUAGGUUGAAGAACGAAGAAGCGAACUUUACGACCCCGAGAAUGAAGAACAUGAAAGGAAGUUGCUCAGGUUGUGGAGAUUAUUAAAACCGGAUGAAGAGCUCACUGCGAGGAAGAGCAAACAAUGGCAGGAGGUUGGUUUCCAGGUAGGUAUUCUUUAUGAAAUUUAAAUUAUAUUGUAGGGUGAUGAUCCGGCGACAGACUUUCGAGGAAUGGGGGUUUUGGGGCUAGAUCAACUUCUUUUCUUUGCUCAAUUCGAUGUCGCCAAAUGUCAGAGGGUUAUGGCGAUCUCACAAGACGAGAUUAUUGGGUAAGAAUAAUAUUUUUUCAUUUUAUUUCUCUCUAGGUUCCCUUUCGCCAUUGCGGGAAUCACGUUUACUGCUCUCUGCCGCCAACUUCUUCAGGAGAAUCUGUUGAAGAACCACUUUGUCAACUCCUGUAAUCAACCUCCAACCAUUGACAACUUUCAUCAAGUAUAUUGCCGGAUAUUUUAUUUAUUCGCGGAAUUCUGGCUUCACAGUUCCCCUCCUAAUGUCAUGAACUUCAAUCCAGUCAAAUCUAAAUUCAUUGAUGCCAUUGAGAGUUAUCUUGGUCGUGCCGACUCCAACCUCCUAGAUAUUCUACCCGAAGACGUAUAUAAAAUCGCAGCAUGA